AUGCUUUUACACAACCUUCUCUUCUCUUCUCUCUUUCUAGCUGUUGCCCAGGCUGGACCCACCGCCCCUGGACAAGCUGUUGCCAAACGUCAGGAUGGUCGUGCUCCGCUGUGCGACGAUACAUCCAAAACCUACGACGGUCCCUACAACGAUGGCGAAGGAACCUACGUGACUUCAGACAGAGUCACCCAUCCCUACAAGUUCCCCUUAGUUCGCAAAUGCUGGUACGACUACUACGUCCUCGAGACCUCGGCGGAGCAUACCCCUUGGCAAAAGGCAGCCGGUGAUAUCUACUGCACUGGCACCCAAGUCUGCACCGCCACCAAGCUUGUAGGCAAGGAAGUGUGCCAAGAGCGAUCCGACAGCGUCAGUGCUAGCGUUGGCGCCGAAAUUGAGGGAAUCAGCUUAGGACUCGAAUUCACUACCACCGAUACCGAAUCUAAGUGCGUACAGGCGCAAGACCUCACAGCUUGCACUUGGGACGAUGGGGCUUGCCACACGGUCUGGACCCAGCAGCAGGUCAUGAGACAGAAGGGAUACCGUCGCCAGAGAUGUAACUGGGGUAAAGGAGAUGAGACCCAGUGUAUGGCAAACUGGGAACAGACCACUCCCUCUGACUUUAUCGAUUAUGGGUGUGGUUCCAAGUGUACUGAUACCAACACGUGUGGCAACACUGAUGGAAAGCCCUGCUCCAAGUAA